AUGCAGCUCUUGCGUCGGGCGUCGCUAGGGCAGGGGGCUCCCGAACGGGGCGUCGCGGAGCCGCAGCUCCGACUCCGUCAGGCGCCUCGUCGCCGAAGAAGGGUUGCACGGCAACCAGGAAGCUGCAGGAAUGACAAAUACCACGAUAAUUCAUAUGUGAACAUGGGAUCUUCGUGGGUAUUUGCAAAAUCGAGAUGCUCGUGGUCAGACUUGGUGUGUGCUCUUCAUGAUGUUUGCAAAAUCGAGAUACUCGUCACCAGACUUGCAAAAUCGAGAUGCUUGUCAUCCGCAUAUGAUGAUGGAGAUCCUAGCAUGACCAUCGGAGGAAACGUGACGACUAAGGGAAAACAACAUCUUGAGAAUUUAGCAGAUAUUACCUUUACUGCACCUGUCGACAAGGCAAAGAUAACUACUAAGCACCAACCAUUUCAGCAAACACCUUAUGCAGCAAAGUUCAGAAUAGCCAUCUCAGGUUAUGCAACCAAAGAAAAAGAAGCCAAUGAGGCAUAUGAAGCCAAUGACUUCUUCUCGGCUUUGGCCACGCCAUCAGCAUCUUUGGAAAUACAGGUUGGAUAA